UGCCAACUACUCGCUUCGUUUUGCUCCACUCGGCUCUAGUCCGUCUCGCCGGUAACGCGUAUAUCCCUGUCUUCCAUACGUUUCUUAGCACGUGCGUCUUUACUAACCGAGCCGGCGCGGCCUUCCGAGAACACGACAAUGGGCCGAUAACGGCUAAUUGCUCCCAGUUUGCUAUCGUUUAGAUCGCGAGUGCAGUGCCCAAGAGAGUGUGAUGGCCGAGAACUGCGCCCUAAUACCUGAACCCGUAACAAUGUACACGCAGACGGAAGCGUUGAGGGACGUGAAGGACUUGUCGAAGAACUUGAUGAGUGGAGACUUUGAGAGGCAGUAUGCUAAUGAUAUAGCUGAGAAAGGCAGUAAAAAGCGGCGAGGAUGUGUCAUCUUCGGGGUUACUGUGGGAGUUUUGGCAGUGUGGCUGAUAGUCCUAACGAUAGUACGCGAGGUGCAGGUCAACCGACUCCGGCAGGAGGUUGACGAGCUGUCGGCGAACAUGAUCGCGAUGUCCGCGACCGUCAAGUCCUUGAACGAGAGGCUCACCAACAACAGGCUAUUCAAUGAAUUCAAAACCUUGGAGGACACGAUCUAUGCAGACGAUGACCAAGACGGUAACUUGAUUAACGAUGCCAUCGCUCCACAUAAAGAAAACCAGGGCACCGAGUCUCUGGACAAGCUGCACGACCUAACAGUGCUGGAGGAUGACAACGAGCUCGCUGAUGAUGAAGAUAUGUACGAUGGAGAUGAGAGCGGGGAUUGGUAUCCUGAUUAUGACAACAGGCGAGAAAAGAUCGGAACAACAAACAUGGUGAGGCUGAAGCCUGACGACUUUACGGACACGAUGGCGAUGUCACCGCAGAUCAAUCUCAAGGAAAUCAAGCGACUUCUCAACGAGAACCCUGAGAUCCAGGAUAUACAUCUCCCAACGCAUCCGCCGUCAACUGUUCCUUCUCAAAGCAGUCGAGACAAACGCAGCGUCUUUCCAGACAGCACGCUCGAAAGUGUUUCCGACUUCAGUGAACCUAAAGUCGCGUCUAAGAUGGAGGAAAGACGCAAGACUAAGAAGUUCACACCAAGUGUUGACGCCAUUAGCAAAAUAGCACUGCACACUGUAUCGAGGACUGCAAGAAACAGUAACACCGAGGAGGGCGGUCCCAGGCGCGCCUUUAUAGCGGCCCAUUUCCAUGGCAACACCUCCCACCUCAGCCCUGAGAUACAUGAGCACUACAAAGGAAAUGGCCUGCUCCGAGUGGCCCACGGCGCUCCACACGACGUGUGGUACCCCUCGCCCUGGACUGCGGCAUCGCCGCUGCACUCCCGUCCCACCCUCACCAGGUCGGGCCACGUCAACGUGCACCACUCUGGCGUGUACCUGGUUUACGUACAGAUAUACUAUUUGGAUAGUCAUGACGUGAUAUCCUGGGUGCUUCAUCGGACGAACCCGUACAUGGAAGGGCGAGACACGCUCCUCCAGUGCGCACAGUCCUCUCACUCCUCAGAGCGUCUGGACAAACCUAACUCCUGCUUCUCCGCUGCAGCUCUCUUCCUGAGAGCUGGGGAUAAGCUUGCGGUGAGGAACACCGGAGGAGAUAGACACUCGCUUAUGCAGCCGGAGAAGAGCUUCAUAGGUCUCAUUAAACUGGCCGAUGCCGAGGAACCGAACGACGAAAUGUAGUUUUAAUUCGUUUAUAAGUAUUAUUGUUGUUAUUUCGCCGUUUUGAUAAGUCACAGGGUUUAUGGAAUAUCAAUGCAAAUCUGUUUUGUACCUACUAUGAAAAAAUACCCUUAUAUAAAUACUCAGACUCAUAUAUGUGUAAUACAAUGUCUCGUUGAAUAUACCGCUUAAAAUUAU